GACCGCCUCUCUUAGGAAUCCCUCCUCGCCCUCUCCUUCACCCGCCGAACCUCUUCUCCUCCUCACCUACUCGCCCACUCGCUUGCUCACUUCCCUCCGAGAUCCCCUCAAACCUUCUCUCCUGCUGUUCUCUCCCGGUGACAACCUAUCGAACCGCUAUGUGACAAGCCCUCCCCUCGUAGCAGCAGCCCACACUCCACGGUACCUACGAUCACUGCCGUCACCCAAAGACAUCAUCCACCCGCUCUCUCUGCAAGGACCGACCGACCAGCCCGCCCAGCUUUGCCCGCCCACCACCCGCGAACAAAUCCCUCCUUUCCUCCCACCCUUCGAAUCCAGACCCGAAUAGACUACUCUCAAUAUACGGGGUAUAAGGCACAACGAGAACGCCCAUAGACUCGUCUCAGCCCGGUUCCUGACAGCUUCGGCUGCUGGUAAUUGUGGUGCAGAGUCCCGGUCUCGAGGUGGAACAUACAUCGUCUGCAGCCAUGGUUCUGAGCAUACCCGACACCGGCCUCCACCUGGAGAGCUCGGCCAAAUUUGCAGAUACCCUCCCAUUGCAGGCCUUUGCCCUCACUCUCAGUGACAAUGUGAUUGAGGACUUGAUUCAGCGUGUCCAGAAUGGGGGCGACGUCAAAUUGUCCCUGGGAAAUGUUCCCGUAAGUGACAGGCAGAAAGAAGUCUCACACCCACAACCAACCCCCCCCCCCCCUCUCAAGUUGGGAUGGAAGGAGAGGCAUUCCUAUUGUUCGACUGCAACAGCAACAACAAUAGCUUCACAACAGGGUCCCAAACGGGGACAAUGUAUUUUCAAUUGGACGAAACUAUGCUUCACUCUGAAUUCACUUCUCUGCGGCAGGGAAGCAGUCCACAAGAUCCCAAAAACCGCCGAGAUACCAAGCCUCGACCUCUACCUGACCGACCCCUCAGACUCGGCACAAGAAGCAGAGAAGCUGCCACAUCCCACAAUGUCUCUCUUCAUGAGGCCCGAGUUGAGAAAGUACCCCAAGCUGGCCGCUGGCCGCGUGGUGGUCAAGGACAAGGCAGCCCCGGCGAACGCCCCCGCUGCAACUCGCAGCCCACAUCCCGACCUCCCCGACGACAUCGCACAACUCAAGAAGUCCAUGGCACAGGCCAAGAAUGACAAGCUGGAGAACGGUACCAAGAUCGUCAAUACUCCCAUUUCGGGCGUGAAGCGAGGCUCGAAGACCAGCAAGGCGAAACUGCUCCCCUCGGGCAAGGGCAGCACCUUCACCACCACCAUCAGCAGGUCUGGUGCCGCCAGCCCUGCCCUCAGCGGGACCGGGUCUCCCUCCCUUGGAGCCACGCUAUCAGCCGACGAGCUGGCAAAGGAGAAGGCCAAGGAGCUCCGCUCGCCUAUUGUGCACGAGCUGGCCGUCAGGGAGAUGACGUUUGAGGAGCUCCAGUCCAGGUGGCCGAGUGACGACAGCGACUUCAAGCCUGCCCUGAACAAGGUGGCCGAUUUCGACAGCACCCGACAAAAGUACACUCUGAAGAGGAUGUACUGGAAGGAACUCGACGUGUUCAGAUAUGGAUACGACGAUGACGAGCGGCAAAAGGCUAUCGACAACGCCAUCAAGAUGUACGACCGCAUGCGAGUGGGUACUGCCGAACCUGUAUGGCAGAGGCUGCUGCCCAAGGAGGAGCGCGGGAAGGGGAAAUGUCUUAGCAAACUCCAGGCAACAAUCGCCAAGAGCGCGGCUACUGCCCAGGCCAAUACGCCGCAGAUCAAGGUCCACGACGCAGAAGACUCGAGCGGCAGCAGGAAUGGAGACGGCAACCUGUCUGGUAUCGAAAUGAAGAAGAAGAAGGCUGGCUCCCCAUUGCCACGAUCUUCCUCGCAGACGAGGCAACCAAGCAAGACCGAGACCAAGCUGCUGUCACAGAAGAAGGCCUUGACUCCGAAGGUGUCGCCCACGAAGGCUGGUGCAAAGGCGGGCGCCAAGGCCAAGGGCGGCCGCAUCCUGUCCAAGGAGAUCAUCUCGGACUCCGACUCCUCCUCGGAAGACGCGCCCAUGUCGAAAACUGUGGCCAAGUCGAAGGCAGCGGACAUGGAGCGGGAGCGGGAGAAGGCGAGGGAGAGAGAACGAGAACGAGAGAGAGCCGAGCGAGAAAAGGAACGUGAGAGGGAGCGUGAGAAGGCAGAACGCGCGAAAGAGCGUGAGAGGGAACGUGAGAGGGAGCGCGAAAGGGAGCGUGAGCGCGAGCGCGAGCGGGAGAAGGCUGAGCGAGAAAAGGAGCGUGAGAGGGAGCGCGAGAGGGAGAAGGCAAGGCUGGCGGAGAAGGCAAGGCAAAAGGAAGCCGCAGCCGCAGCCGCCAAGACGAAGCCCAAGCUCGCUGCGCCCAAGGAGAUCAUCAGGUCCCAGGUCGUGGCUCGACCGGCUGUCCAAAAGCGGCCCCGCGAGGACCCCGAGGACGACAGUAGCUCCAGCUCAGGCACACCGCUGAGCAAGCGGGUGAACAGGGACGUCAAGGCGACCACUGCCCCCUCGUCCAAGCUGGCCAACAAGCGACCCCGCUCCGACUCGGCCUCGCAGGGCUCAUCCCGCAGCAACGGCAACGCGGGCAGCAGCCUGCCCAGCAAGUACAAGAACACCAGCCCGAUCAAGUCUUCGCCCCUUGCCUCUUCGCCCCCGACCAACGCCUCGGACUUUGACCAGACAUCCACCGACGAGAGCCGGCACGGCCGGCAGCGCGACCGGUCCCCCGACCGCAGCGUGACGGUGGCGAACGGGAGGAACAUCAACGUGAAGAAGCGCAAGGCGCAGCAGCAGGCCGACCAGGACACCAUCGACGUGGCCAUGGCGGACAAGAAGCGCCAGCGGGUGUCGACGGAGCUCCUGGACAAGGCGCGCAGGUUCAAGAUGCACUACGUCGUGUACCAGCAGCUGCACCGCGAGCUGUCCCGGGCCGGCAGCUUCAACAAGGAGAAGUACGAGAAGCUGAUGGAGAUGCACGAGAGCCUGGACGAGCUCAAGAGCUCCAUCUACUCCCAGGUCCCGCAGAAGGUCUGAGCUUGAGCAGAAGAGGGGCCAGGAGAAGAAAGAAAAAGAAAAAGAAAAGCCACGAUGGGACGAACGAAAUACGGAAAACGAGAAAUAUUACUAUGGGUAUGCAUAGGAACAGCAGCAGCAGAUUUCCAGGAUGGCGAAUUUCCUUUUGGUUGUGUUGUUCUUCCCCCCGCCCCUCCCUCUCUCUUCAUAAUUUCGCGUCAUGGAAAUGCAUACACAGCACAUCGGGACUAAAUACUGUCCCCUCGCAUCCUCACAUCAUCACGUCUCUCAAAGCAUUUACAAAACGGGUCUGGUCUUUGCAUUGUUUGGCUGAGGGGAAUGGGGAAACCACAAGUCCCCCUACCCUCCCCUCCGCCGGGGUCUCAGGGAAGAAGGUGUUUUCACGGUCAUAGCAUUUUCCUUUCUUCCUGCUGCUGCUGCUGCUGCUGCUGCUUCUUUCAUUUUCUGCUCGUUCUCGUUCCUCCCACCUACUUAGUAGUUUUGAAGAAAAGCCCCAUCCCCUUUCCUCCCUCCUGUGUAUAGGACAGGAUAGGGCAGGGACUCAUGAUACCAAGAAUUGAAGAGAAAGAAACUUCUCGUGAAAUAA